AUGCUAGAUAAUAGAACAGUUGGUACAUUUCAAACUGCUUAUUUACUUAAUAAACCACCUAACACAAAUGUUACAACAGCUGAUCUAUUUAAACAUCAUCAUUCGGUUCAUUCAUCAGUUCAACAAAAUUUUGCAACACCGGAACCACUUCAACUUUCUUCUGUAAUUCUUCACUCGCUUCAACUUGAAAAUGUAAUUAUCGAUGAAUUCGCAUUAGUUAUAUCAAAGCAGUAGAUUUUACUUGAAAUAUUAGGAUAAAAACUAGAAUAUCUUGCUUGAGUUCUAAAGAGAAAAAAAAACAAAAGAUUUUAAUUAGAAUAAAAAAAAGGAGAAAAUUCUGGAUUGUCGUAUAAAAAUCAGCAGACUUUUCUCUUGGUUUUUACCUUGAUAUUUCAUGAAGAACCGUCUGCUCAAGUUCCGUUUUUGAUGAGAGAAUUUCUAUCUUAAACCAAAUAGAUUUGACAACUUUCACUUACAUUAAUCUUUUUCUUCUGACUGUAAAAUAGAGAUGUGGGUGGGGUGUGGGUGUGGGUGUGGAUGUGGGUGUGGGUGUGGGUGUGGGUGUGGGUGUGAGUGUGGGUGUGAGUGUGGGUGUGGAUGUGGGUGUGGAUGGAUGUGGGGUGUGGGUGUGGGUGUGGGUGUAGGUGUAGGUGUGUGUGGGUGAUGGAGUAAUUGUCUAUAUAUACGCCCACCCCACACUCACACUCAAACCCACACCCACACCCACACCCACACCCACACCCACACCCACAC